AAUUCCAGAGAUAGGCCGAGAGGAGCACUGUGCGCGCCAUCUUGCUCUUGUAAGGCAUUCGAUCGUAAAUAAACUUUGCAUUUUCAAGAUGGUUUCUAGAGGUGAGCAUAUGGAUCAUUGUUGCCCAAGAGAUGAGCCAUCUUUAGGAAGGAAUCUAGUGCCUCGUCCAAAUGCCCAUUCGAGGCAUAUGCGCCAAGCAUGGAGUUCCAGGCCACCACGUGCCUCUCAAACAAACAUUUAGCCUCCUCCAAGCAGCCAUGAGGUGCAUAGCCGUCGAUCAUAGCCGUAAAUGCCACCUCAUUAAGAUCCGGGGCAUCUUCAAAGAGAUUCUUUGCUUGCUCCAUAUGCCCGGCCUGGUGAUCAUGGUCGUCCAUGUUACUAGGGCAUUCUAUCAAAGAGAUCUUUAGCUUCAUCCAGCCGCUGGUUCUGGCAGUGGCCUUGGAUCAUGGCCGUCCACGGCGCGUGAGAGAUGCCCGUUAUGGGCCAUGGCCGUGCUAGAAACGGGGGUUUGCUCCGGCAUGGAGUGGAAUACCGCCUCCGCCUCGCCGAGAUUGCCACUCGGCGAGUACAUCUCGAUCAUCGCGAUCCAGGUGAUGGAAUUCUUUGCAGGGAUGCGAUCGAAGAGCUGCUUGGCGCGCUGCACGUCCCCGGCCGCGGCUUCAGGUCGUGGCUGCGAAUGUAGGCCUGGAGGGUGAGAUUCCAAGAGAAGAGAUUGGGAUCCGAGGUAGAAUCGAAGACCGAUCGCGCUUCCUCCAGGCAGCCGCAGCGGCCAUACAUCUGGACGAGGAGAUUUCGCAGGAAGACGCUGUUGUUGUGGUCGCUGUGAAGGAUCUGGGCGAUGGAUCCGGCGGCCAUUGUCGCAAGAUGUGACGAGGGCGGCAAGCUCUUAUGCGCAUCGCAUCAUGGCCGUUGGAUGAUGGGGACGUCCGAGGUUCAAGUCCUGGCAGGUUCUAGCUUCCCGAUGUUUUUCAUGGCACGCUGCGAGAACUCAUCCCCCAUCGCUCAGCUGCACUCCAAAUGCCGGGCGCGCUCGUCAACGACAGAAUUAACUUCCUGGACACAAGUGGAAGAGAGCAGGCUGGUUUUCCGGGCGAUGGAUCAAAAGGAUAUCAUCUCCUAAUGUCUUGCGCAGCUUACGUUUGGGUUGAGCGUCUCAGCGGCAGUGCAAGAUCUAUCCUAUCCGCACUUUCCAAAAGGACAGCACUAUCCAUACUUAUGGAAACAUCGUCUACAUGAAAUGCACAUCUACUAUACGAUCUACAUCUCGGACGACUGUCCUAAGUCCAUCUACCGGUGGCCAUAGAGACUGGAACCCUCCAAAUACGCUGCGUUCUAGCUGAUAGUCGUCAGCUGCUCUAUACCGAUGGCUUUCCAGUAAGAAACGUGUUUAACCGUGUUAUAUGUGCUUGCUUCAAUGGAGCGUCCAACACCGCUCAAACAGGAGGCUUGGACAUGCGAGUGAUAGUAAGCAAGAUAAGCAGGGUCUGACCUGAGGUUCUGCUCCGCCUCCACCACAUCCAGCAGCUGAUGAUAUCUCCAGAGGAUCUCAAGGUCUGUCAAUCUUUCUCCUCGAGUUUUAACAAGUUUGUCCUUUUACUGAGAUCUUGGUUAUCUCUUAAGGUUUCUAAGCAAUGCACGGCGUUAUUGCUUUCUACAAAGACACCACGAGAGUCCUUGUUAACACUCUUGGAUUUCAAAGUUAUGGAGGCACACACUCCAUACGUCUGGGUGGGAUGUUUUCUCAGAAAUCCUGGAGGUCUCGAGUUUUCUUGACUUUUAGUUUUAGGGAAGGUCAGGUAUGGACGUCCAUGAGCAAGAUGAGAUUGCAGUUUCGCAAUGGUUUCAAGAAGCAUGAGCCGCAGGUCUUCGAGAUCAUAACCUUUUUAAAGUUUGGCAUUGGACAGCGUGCGUUUCUCAUCCAGACUCAAGGGAAACAUACUGUGGGACUGCAUCUCAUUUCUAGACGAUGCCACAGUGGCGAUAAUCAAGUCACUAGGUGGAUUGAGAGCGAUUGCCACCUCUCACCCGCAUUACUACAGCACAAACUCUCGAUGGAGCGAGGCUUUUGGAGGCGUCCCGGUUUAUACCCGGGAAUGAGUGGUUUACCAGCACGAAAAGGUGAAGUUCUACUAUGGGAGGGACUCACGCUUUUAGCCUUGCACAAAUCCUCCACUGGUCUCAUGGAGCUCAAGGAGAGGUGUUUUAUUCACUGGAGAUAUCUUACAGGUGGGGAUGGACAACAAAACAGUGAGCAUAAUGAGAUCGUACCCAAAGUAUAUACCACUCGUCCAUGUUUGAUUUGUAGGUGGGGAUGGACAACAAAAUAGUGAGGAUAGUGAGAUCGUAUCUAAACUAUGUACCACUCUUGUCAAGCCACACUAAAAGGAUAGGCCAGGUGAUCGAGCCAUGGGAUUUUGGGAGGCUCUACGUUGCGUUUCAGGACAGAGAGGAUGACGCUGCUUAAGCAUCACAAUUAUUGAUUGACUCUCAAGUAAUGAAUCAGACUGAAACUCGAGAUGCUUUUCUGAU